AUGAGUAUUUUUUUCCCACAAAGUGCCUCAGCCAAGAGGAAGAGGGUCAUCAGAGAGCUUGUUCAGGGUCAGAAGGAUGCUACUCAACUCAAGUUUCUGCUUCAGCAGCUUAUUGGGCCUGAUGGGUCUGUUUCAGCUAUGGAACUUGCGACUAAUGUGUUGAGAUCUUUCGAUGAAACUCUUUCUGUGUUGACUUCUUCUGAAGUUUCUGCUGGUAGUGCUGAUGACGAGGUUGCUCAGAAUCUUGUAGAUUCUGGAGAAGCUGAGGUCGCAGCUUCUAGCAUUGAUCCGAUGUCUGAGGAUUCAAGUGAAAGUCGGAAGAGAUCUUUGCCGGUUGCAAAAGAUCGGAGAGGUUCCUACAAAAGAAGGAAGACUGAACAGACACGGACCAUAGUCUCCCAAACAACUGAUGAUAACUAUGCAUGGAGAAAGUACGGUCAGAAGGAGAUUCUAAAUUCUCAAUUUCCCAGGAGUUACUUCAGGUGCACUCGUAAGUAUGAUCAAGGUUGCCAAGCAACCAAACAGGUGCAACGGACACAAGAGAAUCCUGAUAUGUAUCAUAUCACGUACAUUGGCUUUCACACAUGCAAAGACACCCUCAAGGGUCCACAAAUGGUGGCAUAUUCUGAUACUUGGGACUCAUUUCUUGUGAAUUCCCAUCCUGAUUCAAACGUGCCAAAUGAAGAGGAUUCCCCUAUUAUCUCAAAAAGCCCAAACAUAAAACGAGAAAAUCCCAAUGAUGACACACUUAGUGAUCUUACAGAUGCUAACCUGUGGUCUGAUUUGAAGGAUAUUGAAAUAUCCAAUCCAAGCGUGCAUCUGAUAAUGCAGACUGGUUCUCAAUGCUUGCACAUGGAUUUUGGUUUCAGCACCGACUUCCACUUUGAUGGAGGUCAUUUGCUUUAG